AUGAUGCGAAUGUUGGAGGCCCAGGCCCCGGCCAAACAGACUGCCACCGAUACUAUUAGUACACUGAGUAGCAGACUUUCCAGCGCUACUCUCUUGGAGGACCGACGUGCUGCUAUCUUGGGCUUGCGGAGCUUUGCGAAAGAGUACCCUGCGUCUGUUGCAUCGGGUUCGCUACGGGGACUCAUAGCGUGUCUCACCAAGGAUGCCGAGGAUGUAGAUACCAUUAAAGUUGUCCUAGAGACUCUGCUCAUGCUUUUCAACCCCAAUGAACACAGCCCUGAAGCUUCAGAUGAGAUUGCGCUCUGGCUAGCGGACGAGUUCACCCAGCGGCAAGAUAACAUAACCAUUCUGCUCGACCUCCUCGAGACCCCUGACUUUUAUUCACGCCUUUACUCCUUGCAACUCAUUCAAGCAAUCUUCAACGCGCGGCCCGAACGCACUCAGGAAUGUGUUCUCACAGCUCCGCUCGGCACAACUCGACUCGUAGCGAUCCUGGACGAUCCCAGGGAUGCUGUGCGGAACGCUGGCCUCGUCCUACUGAAUGAUUUGUCUCAGACUUCUACCGAGCUCCAGAAGCUUUUUGUUUUUGAAAAUGCAUUCGAAAGAAUAUUCAACCUCAUAGAGGCUGAUGGUUCCUUGACUCAAGGGGGUAUCGUUGUCCAGGACUGCCUCUCCUUGCUAGCCAAUCUGGUUCGCUUCAAUGCCUCAAAUCAGACGGCUUUCCGAGAGACUGGUUGUGUUUCGAGAUGCGCGGCGCUUCUACCCGGAGCAAAGAAGGCAAAGAAGCUGCCCACGAAUGAGGAAGGGGAGGAUGACUGGGUCAGUCCGCAAUGCGAGAAGAAUAUAUGGGGUCUUCUCGCCAUCGUCCGCAUGUUUCUUGUCAAAGGCAGCACGAGCACCAAGGCGAAUCAAGCUGCUUUCGCGGGUCAAGGUCUCCUUCGUCAAAUCCUCAACAUGGCAUUCGACCCCUCGACGGCGGUCCCUAUAAGAGUAGAGGCAUUGAACACGUGCGCCGAUAUGAUCAGGGGCAAUGCCCGUCUCCAGGAAGAAUUUGCGCCUCUGCAAGUCCGCCCCAUACUUGAUCCUGCUGCUAACGAUGCCACAUCACCAAAUGGUCCCCCGAUGGUGUAUGUGAUUGAGGCAUUGCUCGAUAUUGCCAUCCGACCAACAGCAAAUGAGUCGUUUGACGUUCGUUUUGCGGCAUGCGAAUGCAUAAAGGCGUAUUUCUUCAAUCACCUCCAAAUUCGGACACAUUUCCUCAAUCGAGCGAUCGAUGGCCAUACAUCUGGCCAGGACGAGACUGCAAACGUCCUUACGACGUUACUGGCUGGUUCCCAUGGUUCUUCAACGAGCGAUCCAUACCGGAUAUGGUUCGCUGCUACGCUCGUGUUCCAUCUCAUUUUUGACGACCUGGACGCGAAGAGGCGCUUGAUGGCGGUCGCAGAAGGGGAUGCUGAUCGGGGAGAAGAGGUGGUAACCUGCAUUCAAACUUUGACAGCCAACUUGAUUUCCAAUUUGCAACUAGGCGAAGACGAGCGAAUCCCGAUCGCCUAUUUGAUGCUACUAUGCGGGUGGCUGUUCGAAGAUGCUGCAGCCGUUGAUGACUUUCUCGGAGAAGCGAGCAGUAUACACAGCCUUGUACACUAUGCACACAAGCCAGGAGCUGACCAUAUCGUGGUGAGAGGUCUUUGCGCCGCCCUACUCGGCAUCAUCUAUGAGUUUUCGACCAAAGACUCCCCUGUACCUCGGCGGGAUUUGCAGCCAAUUUUAUGCCACAGCCUGGGUCGGGAGAAGUACCUAGAUGCAAUUUCCCAGCUGAGACAGCACCCACUGGUCCGUGAUUUCGAAGUGCUCUCUUUAGAGAGAGGAACCUCGAGCACACCACCAGAGGUCUUCCUUGAUGAGAGUUUCGUAGACUUCCUGAAGGACAAUUUCAGCCGGCUGUCUCGCGCAAUCGACAGAGAUCCUGGCCUGGAGAUGCACCAAUCACACGAAGGCAUCGACCGCGAUCUCGUCGAUUCGUUGCGCAAUCAGAUCGACGAGAAGGUACAGGCAUUGGAGAAGUUACAGUCCGAUCUUUUGAGUAUGGAACAACGGCUGAACCAAGAACAAGCGGACCACCGCAAAACCCAAGAAUCCUCGCUUACCCAAUUGAACACUAUUAAGCGCAUCAAUGAAGAUCUCCACACAAAUCAUGAGAAAGAAUUGAGGAAGGUAGAGCGGGAGCACAAGCAAACGAUCCUGGAUAUCGAGAAUCGGCACAAUCUCCAGGUUGCUGCCUUGAACAAUAAAGUGCAGCAAGCAGAGAAGGAAAAGACCUUGGCCCUUGCCAAAGCGAAGCAGGAAUACGAUGAGAAGCUUCACGAAGCAACCAAGGCCCGCAUAGACGUCGAACAGCGCCUGAGCGCCGCUCAUGCCAGCAGACAAGAGGCCUUCGACAAUGUGCGGGCACUGGAAGAGCAGCAUCGCAUGGCGAAAGUGGAAGUCGCAUCCAUCCAACAAACGGUUAAUAGUCUGCAAACCAACGUACAUGCCAACGAAAUGCACAUCAAGCAACUGGAGGAUGAGAAAGAGAAGCUUCAGGGUAUCGUUGACAAGCUGAAGGCGGAGGUGCAGGAUCUCAAGGCGAAAAAUCAGGACCUUACCUGGAAAGUCAAAGAUGCCGAGGACAAGCAACGUAAGGCUGAGGCAAUUGCAAAGGAGAAGGAGGAAGCGCGUGCAGCGGCGCAAACAGAACUGGAUGAUCUUUUUGUUCUCCUUGGAGAGCUGGAAGAGAAGAGGUCCAGGGAUAAGAAACGACUCAAGGAGCUUGGCGAAGAGAUCUCGGAUGUGGAAGACGACGAGGAAGAUGAUGGCGAAGAGACUGAUGAUGAGGCAGAGCAUGAUGAAGAUGAAGACCAGGAGCAGGGGUGA